GCGUCGCUCCCCUUCUGUUUCUCUCCUUCCGGUACAAUUGUCCGUCUUUUGACCAAACAGCGGCCUCGAGGUGGAACGCGAGCCUCUUCGUAGGCGAUGUUUGACCUGAAGAAGAGGAACAGUUUGACCCUGAACUGCAGCGCGGAGACGGAGGAGUUCCGACGAGUGGCUGUCAGGCGGAGGGUCAAAGGUGCUGCGGUGGACAGCCUCGCUUCACACACAGCGGUGAGCAGUGGCGUGUGCGGCUCGUACAGCUGUGGCAGCGCAUGUGCCCGAGUCUGUGGAUCAGAACCAAACAUUAGACCCGACGCAGAGGGAGACGACGAAAGAAGCCCGGCUAAAGGGUCUCCUCGCAAACCACAUGUGUCUACUGAGCCCGCCCCCCUACAGAGCCGGGCAGGGCGCGCUCACGCCAACAGUCAACCCGUUAACGGCACCGAGCAAGACCACAGUCCCAAAAGAGGUCCCGCAGUUUCUGUUUCCUGUGUCAGCCCAGAACAGGAUUGUCUCGGCUCAACAAGUCCAAUCAGAGGAGGCUGGAACUAUUUGUUGAAUGGAGAGUCUGCAGCACAUAUCAACCCUGCCAGACGUACUCAGGGGAUUCCACAUUUGACAAGCAGUCCACUUUUAGGACCUCCAAGUCCGGGCAAAAGAGACAUUCAGAGCUGUAGCCCAUCGAGAGGAGGAGGGGGAGGAGGGCACAGUCCUUCCAAAUUGUCCCCAAGGAAGCGCAGCCCUCUCAGUAGAUUGCUGCGUACCCCCAGCCCGUUGCAGGGAAAGAGCAAGACCUACAGCCCCACCAGGAAGUCUAGAUCCUGGCUUGGACUGCACAGAAUCCCAAGCAGCAAGAUGGAAGGACAAGAGAAGAGGACGGGGAAGUCUUUGAGCGUGCCCGACUUGAUCUUUUACUUGGAUGAGAGCAGGCUUCCCACUGAAAAAGUUGAACGCUCUCCACUGAAACCGCUGCAAUCACCCAACUGCAGCGGGUCAGCCCUCACCAUCGAAGUACCAGUUCGCCAUAGACUCGGUCACGCCAAAAGCGAAACCCAGCUAUCAAGCGCCGGCAUAGCGCAUUCCUCGGGACAAGUGAAUGGCAGAGUAGCAGUAAACAGAAAGGGGAUAAAUGAUGACAUGGAAGAAGGCAAGAUACCAGUCGAGUAUGGCUCCAAGUCUUUCUGCCAGUGGGAUGAGGCCACUAGAACUACAGAAGAUGGCAGGAUUCAGAAGGAGUCUCAAGGGGAACACAACGAUGAGGAGCUGAGAAAGGAGGGAGGAGGAAGCGAGACAAAAAAUGAGGAGAACAAAGAGCAGAAAUUGUACAGGCUAGCCAAUGAACUCCUGCAGACAGAGAGAGCCUACGUAGCUCGUCUCCACCUCCUCGACCAGGUGUUCUGCUCCAGCCUCACGGAGGAGGCCGGUCGCGGCUCGUUUCCCCCCGACUUGAUAAGAAAUAUCUUCUCCAACAUUUCCUCCAUCUACUCCUUCCACAGCCAGUUCCUGCUACCCGACCUGGAAAACUGCAUGGGCCACUGGUGUGAGAGCCCCGGCCUGGGAAGUGUUCUUCUUCAACACGCACCCUUCCUGAGGAUGUAUGCCGACUACGUCAAGAACUUUGAGCAGGCCAUGGAGCUGGUGAGGACCUGGAGUGAACGCUCCUCUGUCUUCAGGACUAUCGUGCAGGACAUCCAGAGUCGGGAGGUGUGUGGCAGCCUGACCCUGCAGCACCACAUGUUGGAACCGGUCCAGCGGGUUCCACGUUAUGAAAUGCUGCUCAGAGAUUACCUGAAGAAACUGCCCAGGGAUGACCCAGAUUAUGAUCUGGCUCACAAAUCCUUGCAGAUGAUUUCCAUGGCCGCCACCCACUCGAACAGCGCCAUCCACAAAGCUGAGAGCCGGAAGCGGCUGCUGGAGAUCUAUGAGAUGGUUGGCGAGGAGGAGGUGGUCAACCCGACUAACGAGUUCCUCAGGGAAGGACGUCUGCUCAAGCUCGCUGCCAGGAACACAUCCGCCAUGGAGAGGCACCUCUUCCUGUUCAACAACUUUCUGCUGUGCUGCACUCCUAAGUUCAGCCUCGUCGGGCAGCGUUUUACUGUCCGCUGCAGGAUCGGAGUGGAUGGCAUGCAGGUGCAGCAGACCACCAAUGAAGACCACCCACACACCUUCCAGGUCUCUGGAAAGGAGAGGACCCUGGAGCUGCAGGCCAGCUCUGAACAAGACCGAGAUGAGUGGAUACAGGUAAUUCAGGAAGCCGUUGACGUGUUCCUGAAGAAACAUGAAACCUUCAAAUUGGCGUGUAAGGAGCUAAAUGUAGAAGAAUAUACGGAGGAGCUCGGCCGACGUGCCCCUCGCUGGAUCCGGGACAACGAGGUGACCGUGUGCAUGAAAUGCCAGGAACCUUUCAACGCGCUCACCAGGAGGAGGCACCACUGCAGAGCCUGCGGCUGCGUGGUGUGCGGGAAGUGUUCAGACAACAAAGUGGCUUUGGAGUAUGACGGCAACAAGCUGAACAAAGUGUGUAAAGCCUGCUACUCCAUCCUGAUGGGAAAGAAGAGAAGGAUACUGGAGUCGGAGGCAUCUCCCGUGUCCAGUGACUGUGUAAUGAGUGGCUUCCUGCUGUACGGGGACAACCCAAAGACCUGGCAACAGACGUGGUCUGUCGUCACCCGUUCUGAACCCGCGGCCCUCCUCCUGUACACAGCUCCACAGGAUGUGAAGCCCCUCUCCAGUAUACCACUCCUGGGCUGCAGUGUGGAGGAUUCCCCUCAGGAGCUCCGGGGUCAGUCUGGUUUCUGUUUAAGGCAACCCAGAACCACCCACACUUUCUCCUGCGAUGGCUUGGACCUCAAACAAAGCUGGCUGACCGUCCUGAAAGCCGCUGCGACGGGCCGGCAGUAUGGCACCAACACCAAUGGCUCCAGAUGGCGCAUCACUGGUAGUUUCAGUGAUGGAAGCGCGUGUACUGGUGAGGAUUUCAUCAUCAUUGGCGACAAUGAAAAGAACUCGUGAAUGUUCGAGAUCGGGCGCUGUAGAAAGUACACGACAACAGGCCAAAGCGUCCGUAGCGUUGAAAUAAACGUUUAAUAAAAUGAAUAAAUAAAAAGUGUGGUUC